AUGGCAGAACAGUCUGUUGAGGAAGGCGAUUUGGAGAGCGAUAUUAAAACUGAAUACAAACCACCCGAAAAACGCACUCUGGAAGAGAUCAUGAAUCUAGACAAGGAAGACGAAAGUUUGCGGAAAUAUAAAGAAGCACUAUUGGGUCCAUCUCUUGGCACGUUUAAGAUUCCUUUUCCAGAAAAAUCCGCAAAUGUUGUGUUCGAGAAGUUCUGUAUUCUCGUUGAUGGGCAACCGAAUAUUGAGUUCAAUCUAUUGGGUGAUAUCUCUAACUUUAAGUCGAAACCUGUCUCAAUCGUCGAAGGCUGCAGUUACCGUAUUCAAGUUGUGUACUAUGUACAAAGAGAUAUUGUUUGUGGGCUACGUUUCAAGCAGUGGUUACGUAAAGGCCCUAUUCUAGUUGAUGAAAUUUCCGUAAUGCUAGGCAAUUUUCGUCCUCAAGGACACCCUCAUAUCUGGACAUCGGACCCUGAAGAAGCUCCCAAAGGUGUUUUAUCACGUGGCUUAUACAAAAUUGUGAGUCAGUUUAUCGAUGAUGAUAAAGCGGAAUAUAUCACUUGGAAGUGGUGUAUUAAUAUAGUUAAAAAGUCUACAGAUUCUUAACAUUAUAUAAAUCAGUUUUUGUCCACAUGAAUAUGUCUGCGUGUGUUUGUAUCUAUUACUAUUGUUACUUCAUUUUCAGACUUCUUUUCUAUCCAAUUGUUUUCGUUUCAUGUUACGAUAGAUAUUCAUUGGUGUGUUAAUGAAUGUACAUCUCUUUGUGUUGGUAUGCUUUAUAUAUAUUGCCGUUUAUACUCUUAGCAUUUUCCCACAGAAACUUCUGCUUCUUGUCAUUGUCAUUUACUUUCUUGUAUACAUUUUGUUCUACC